GAAUAUGAAACUUAAUGGUUCGCCCUCCUUAACCGCCGCGAAUUUUCUACGAAUUAUUAUCAUAUUUUCAUAUUGGCUCCGGAUUGCUAAUGCAUCCGUCGUUGAUGCUCCUGCAAUUCGGUUCACCGAACGCGUCCUGUCAAAAGGACGGAUAAGCUCCGUCCUAUGAAUUCGUUCCCGUACGAUGAUGAACCACCGAACACUGAACGACAACAGUCUCCGAGGUCAGCGACACCUCAGCGGCCGUUGGAAAAAGAACCGGUCUUCUCCGAGACGAUCGGGAACGAAGAUUUUAUUAAGUACCAGAAUCUCGCGCCGCUGAAAAGCAAAUUAACGAACUAACAACGUUUGAACUUCAAUCUGUCUCUCUACUUCAACUUCAAGCUCUGUUCAUCUCCCUCUCUCUCUCUUGAAGCCACAGUCAAGUCAUGCCAUCAAACUCGUCUCAUUCUUCCGCUGAUCAGUUCUCGAACCACGCCUCGCCGCUCUUCGGAACCCGGUUAUGGAUUCAAAUACUGGCGUUCUCGGCCACCGUCGUGGUUUUGUUCCUGCUUCCCAUCCUCUUCAUUUGCUGCUACCGCAGAAAGCCGUCCGUGCCUCGCUCCCGGCUGUCGAACCCUGCCGCGGCCAAGAGUUGUUUCGGUCCAAGAGCUUCGUCGUUGGAUCACAGACUGCUGUCUUCGUUCCGCCUCUCUGACGUUGAGAUGGAAGCCGUCCUGUUCAAUCAGUCGAGGGCGGCUCCGGCUCGUGAGAGCGGGGUGUUCCGGACUAGCCUUGUGGCUGAUCCGGAAUCAGUUGUGGGGAAGACGAGGUUAGCGCUCGAUGAGAUUAAAUUUGCGACGAAUGGAUUUGCCUGCGAAAAUGUGAUUGGAUGCGGAGACCAUGCAGUUGUUUACCGGGGGGUUUUGCUGAACAAUGUAAGAGUGGCAGUGAAGAGAUUGCUGUGCAGCAGUCUGGAAGAUGAGGAAUUCAAGCGAGAAGUGGAGGUUAUAUCGCAUGUUAGACACAAGAAUCUCGUGAAGCUGAUUGGAUACUGUGCCGAAGGAGAUUACAGGGUGCUUGUCUAUGAGUAUGUUGAUAAUGGCAAUCUGCAUCAGUGGCUUCAUGACUGUAGUGGGAAGGCCAGUCCUCUAACAUGGGGUCAAAGGAUAAAUAUUAUCCGAGGAAUGGCAAAAGGAUUGGCCUACAUUCAUGAGGACGCUGAACCGAAGGUUGUCCAUUGCAAUAUCAAAUCUAGCAACAUACUUCUUGAUCAUCAGUGGAAUCCAAAAAUUUCUGAUAUGGGGUCGGCCGAGCUCUAUGAACCGGAGCCAAGUCACAUGUCAAGCGAACAAUCGAGUUAUGCAGCACCAGAUUAUGACGUCUAUUGCUUUGGAGUACUCGUUAUGGAGAUAGUAACAGGGAGGCUUCCUGUAGAUGAAAGUCAACCCCAGGCACAUUUGAUUGAUUGGUUGAAGUUCAUGAUUGCAAAUCAGAGAACCGUACAUGUGGUUGAUUCUAAUAUACCCGAAAGGCCUUCUUCAAAGGAACUCAAGCGCGUUCUUCUGAUUGCUCUAAGAUGCGUCGAUCCGGAUUUAAAUCACAGGCCUAGAAUGGGGGAUGUAGUUCACAUGCUAGAGACGAGGGAUUUGCUAAUUGGAGAUGUUAGAUCAUUCGCAGAUUAACUGUGAAACAUUAUGUUUUUGUGUUUGCAAAUUAUCCGUUAAUUCAAUCAUGUAGCCCCCAUUUGGUUCGGUUUGAUCUAGAAGCAAGGCAUCGGCAGAAGGCAAUUUCUUGUCCUUAUGCAGAAAACAUUCAUAGAGCUUUGCUGGAUCAUAUAAAAGUCUUUGCCUUAUUCCAAAAGGGGAAAACACCAUCAUGUACCAGGAAAUGACACCAAAUUAACACGA